AUGAUAUCCCCACAUUUACCCCUCUUGGGCAGUGAUCCUGCUGCCAACUCCAUCAAAGCGUCCUCGUCACUAGAUUCACGUAGAUCACUGGUGCUACAAGCCGAUGGACACCUCGGAGAGCUGGAUGCGCCUGAAGUAUCAGACUCUUUUUCCCCAUCCGUCGUCGAUGAAACCUUAUCCAGCAGCAAUCCUCGAGCCCAACCCAAUGCUUCCUUGACAUUCGUCAACGGCCUCGCUCUCGUCCUCGGCCUUCAGAUCGGCUCCGGAAUCUUCUCUGCUCCUUCCCAAGUGAGCAAUCACGUACCAUCUCCGGGCGCAGCCGUCUUGAUUUGGCUUGUGGGAGGCAUCAUGGUCUGGACAGGCGCCGCCUCGUUCAUCGAACUCGGACUAGCAAUACCUAAGAAUGGAGGUAUCCAGGAAUAUCUCAAGGCCUGUUAUGGUGAUUAUCUCGGAUUUCUCUUUACAUGGAUAUGGAUCGCCAUAUCAAAGCCUUGUGCCAUGGCAAUGAUUGCGAUGAUUUUUGCCGAAAACUUGAGCAUUGCGGCCGGGUCCGUCGACGUACUUUCUGCGUGGGAAGUAAAGAUUCUUGCAAUACUAGGACUCUUCUUGAUUACCUGCAUCAACUGUCUUGGUACGAUUGCCGGAGCACGGGCUGCGAACGCGUUUCUGAUCUUGAAGCUACUCGCGGUUUUCUCAAUUGCUGCCACUGGCAUAGUCAUGGGUGUAACAGGCCGUCGUUCCCAUGAAACAGAGCCUGAGUGGUUCGCAAGUGAUCCAGAUCCGCAUCGCCAGACCAUGCUCAACUGGGCUAAGGCAGGUGAGUACAUUACAGCUAUUUACGGCGCACUUUUCUGCUACGGUGGAUGGGAAUCGAUCGGCUUCGUUGCUGGCGAGAUGACUGACCCAUCUCGUGAUUUACCUCGAGUAAUCAACACUGCCAUGUUUGUGGCCGUUAGUGGCUUCGUUCUUAUGAAUAUCGCACUUUUCAUGGUAAUUCCGUUUGAAACGAUGAGAGAAAGAAGCGUUGUUGCAGUGGAGUUUGGUCUGCACGUUUUCGGAGCUACCGGCGGCACGGUCUAUUCUUUAGUCGUUUCAGCAUCUUGUUUGGGGGCUUUGAAUGCGAAUGUCUUUGCAACUGGGAGACUAAUUGUCGCCGCGAGUAAGAACCAUUACUUUCCCAAGUUUUUCGGCAACGAUCAUUGCUCUGCGAGAGAAGAAGAGUCGCUUUCUACAAGGAAGGCACUGCAAAGGUUCCCAGCUUUUGUGUCCGCUGGCAUCUUGUGGUUCGCCGAGAGAACGGAGACUCUGCGCUGGGACAAGAAAGUACCCAUAUAUGCAAUGAUCAUGAACGCAUCUAUUGCAACACUCUACGUCGUCGUAGGGACUUUUGACAGCUUGGUAACAUUUGUAGGUAUUUCAGAAUAUUCGUUCUUUCUACUGGCCGUCCUUGGAAUCUUCAUACUCCGUCGUCGCGGAAAAGCUCUUAAUAAACGGGACAAAACAUGGACCUUUAACCCUGUUAUAUUUUGCGCGUUCAGUGCCUUCCUCGUUAUACGGGGCAUUAUUACAGAUCCAAUACAGGGACUCAUAAUCUUCAGCCUAGCCGUGAUUGGAUGGGCAAUGUUUAGGAGAGUCUCUGCGGCCGGGCUGAUCUGA